AUGACAGAAGAUAACUGCUUCGUUUAUGCUUGCAUUCAGGCUGGAGUAAAUGAAGAAACUAUUGACCACAUGAGAGAAGUCAUUCGUGUUAGAGACUUUCCUCAAAGUAAAGUACAAGAAAUUUCUGAUGCAACAGGUAUAGCAUUUAAUGUUACCAUUGGUUACUUCAAUGACUCAAGACAUAAUGAAAUAAAGAGAUACAUACCAAAAGAGUGUAAAACUAUUCGAACUAUUGACUUACUUCUUGUUGAAGACCACUACAUGCUAAACGAAAGAUUACCAAUGACAACAUAUUUCAUUCGCAACUAUAUAGAAAUCUUGAAGGAGUGUGGUGGAAUGAACAUUGAGAAACAGAUGAAGAUUUAUACAAAGAGAGAGAACAAAUAUGUAGUUCGUUAUGAUAGAACAACACCGUUAUGGGAUGUUAUGAAAACAUUGUGGGAGUGCAAAUAUUUCGAACCUAUUUCUUAUGGAGAACUUUUCACAUAUACGACUGACUUAUAUAAACAGAACCUUGCACCAUUUAAAGAUUUGACAUAUGCUCCAAAGUAUUGUGUACAACUGAAGAAGAAAGCCGAGUCAAAAGAAGUAAAUAAAAAUAAGUGCAAGUUCAUUCCUGAGCACGUUUUCUUUGCUGACUUUGAGUGCAGUACUGAUGGCUUUCAUAAAGCUUUUAACAUAUGUUAUGACAGUGAAGAUGGUUCAGUGAGUGAAAGCAUUUGGGGUCAGAACUGUGCAACAGAAUUUUUGGAACGACUUCCUGACAAGAGUUUAAUAUAUUUCCAUAACCUCAGUUAUGAUAUAAACUUCAUCUUAAGACACAUGACAGAAGUGAAAGGAACUCCCAUCAUUAAAGUUUCACGAACAAUGCAAAUAACUGGCUUAUAUAAAGGAAGGGCAAUUAUUAUAAAAGACUCUUACAGUGUUAUAAAUAAGAAGCUUAAACUAUUUCCUGCUAUGUUUAACUUACAAACAGGACCGAAAGAAGUAUUUCCAUACAACUACUACAGCAGUGUUUUGUUAGCAAAUGA